AUGAACCUCUCAAAUGCACUGUGGCAGCUAGUCGCUGCGUCCAUCCUGAUUCUUCUGGUUCACUGGUACUUGAAGAGAAAGCAGCUGUUCAACUACUUCAAGGACCUGGGAAUUCCGGGACCAGAGCCGAGCAUCAUCACGGGCAACAUGAACGAACUGCGUAAGAAGACGCCUAUCGUGGCUUACAGGGAGUGGAUAGACAAGUACGGAAAGGUAGUCGGGUACUUCAACGGCUCCCGUCCUGUUCUGCUUGUCGCUGACCUCGAUUUGCUCAAGAUGAUUCAGGUCAAGGACUUUCAAGACUUCAUUGACCGAAGUCUACUUUUCCAGUGCAAGCGUCCUCCAAGUCCUCACAACAAGUCCCUGAUCCAACUAACGGGCAAGCGCUGGAAGGAAGUCCGCAGUGUGCUCACGCCCUCAUUCACCACCAACAAGCUCAAGAUGAUGGCUCCUGGCAUGUUAUGCACCGUACGGGAGCUUGUGGACAAGAUCGCGGAGUACGCGCACUCCGGCGAGGAGUUCGAGAUCGGCGACCUGUACCAGGCGAUGACGUUGGACGUGAUCUGCCGCAGCGCCAUGGGCAUCGAGUACAACAUCCAGAAGAAUCCUAACCACAGCCUGCUGGCCAGCUGCCGCGUGCUCUGGAACAGCACCUUCUCGUGGGUGGCCGUGCUGCUUGCCUCUUUUCCCGAGCUGGAGUUCGUCCUGAAGUACCUCUUCGACUGGAAGCUCACCAGCACCAACAAUGGCGUGCACCCUUUCCUGGAAGUGCAGGAGAAGUGCGGAAACAUCGUCAGGCAGAGACAGCUGGAAAACUCGGUCCCGCAAAAGGACCUUCUGCAGCUGAUGAUUGAGGCCAAGUCUUCGAAGGUGGACGUUGCAAGCGUCACUUCGGACCAACUCACGGCCGCCGACGACAACGAACACGAACUCAAACAGAGCGCACCGGCCUCGCCAACCGCCCUCGCGUACUCCAACAAGACUGUCCUGGACGAUGACGACAUCACGCAGAACGCCUUCCUCGUCCUCGUCGCUGGGUACGAGACAACCAGUAACACGCUCACGCUCGUCUCUCACAUGCUGAUCAACCACCCCGACGUGCAAGAGAAGGUGCGACAGGAACUGCUCGCCGCGCUGGGAACGGACGAGGAGAUCAGCUACAACACGAUCCAGAAGCUGACCUACCUCAACUGCGUCAUCCAGGAGACUAUGCGCCUCUACCCGCCCGUAUUCGCUUUUGUGACGAGGGAGGCCGUGGUGGACAAGCAGUACGGCAAGCUGAAGAUUCCAGCCGGCACGGCAGUGAUGGCCGCCACCGAGUACAUCCACCGUGACCCCAGCAGCUGGGAGAAACCAAACACGUUCGACCCGGACAGGUUCCUUCCCGAGCGUCGCAAGGGCCAGAACCCGCUCGCCUUCCAGCCGUUCGGCGCUGGGCCCCGCAACUGCAUCGGCAUGCGGUUCGCGCAGAUGGAGCUGCGCUUCACGCUCGCCCACAUCCUGCGCAAGUACCGACUCGUGGCCACGCCCAACAGCGAUAAGGACCCUGCGGAGAUAGACAUGAACCCCCUGGUGCUGCGGAUCAAGAGAGGAGUGAACGUCAAGGCGGUGCCUCUCUAGGAACCUGCAGAACGUGCGCAGCAGCCCACGUCCCAUCGUGUAAAUAAGUUUUGAGUCGGAGCUCAUUUUGUUCGUGUGUGUUCCCACCUAAACUCAUCUGUAAUAUACAUGUCACAUCU